AUGGACAGAGCAGCGCUCCUGGCCCUGCCCAGCUUGUGUGCGCUGUGGGCAGCGGUGCUCUCCCUGUUCCCCUGCGGAACUCAGGGCAACUGGAUGUGGCUGGGCAUUGCCUCCUUUGGAGUACCGGAGAAGCUGGGCUGUGACGGCUUGCCGCUGAACAGCCGCCAGAAGGAGCUGUGCAAGAGGAAACCGUACCUGCUGCCCAGCAUCCACGAGGGCGCCCGAUUGGGCAUUCAGGAGUGCAAGAGCCAGUUCCGACAUGAGAGAUGGAACUGUAUGGUCGCCACCGCCACCUCCGUCCCGCUCGCCACCAGUCCCCUCUUUGGCUAUGAGCUGAGUAGUGGCACCAAGGAGACAGCUUUCAUUUAUGCCAUCAUGGCUGCAGGCCUGGUGCAUUCUGUAACCAGGUCGUGCAGUGCAGGAAAUAUGACCGAGUGUUCCUGCGACACCGCCUUGCAAAAUGGUGGCUCACCAAGUGAAGGCUGGCAUUGGGGGGGAUGCUCUGAUGACGUCCAGUACGGCAUGUGGUUCAGCAGAAAGUUUCUAGAUUUCCCCAUCAGAAACACCACAGCAAAAGAAAGCAGAGUACUGCUAGCCAUGAACUUACACAACAAUGAAGCGGGAAGGCAGGCUGUCGCCAAGUUGAUGUCUGUGGAUUGCCGCUGCCAUGGAGUUUCCGGCUCCUGUGCUGUGAAAACCUGCUGGAAAACUAUGUCGUCUUUUGAAAAGAUUGGGCAUUUUUUAAAGGAUAAAUAUGAAAACAGCAUCCAGAUUUCAGACAAAACCAAGAGGAAAAUGCGCAGGAGAGAAAAAGAUCAGAGACAGACACCCAUUCACAAGGAUGACCUGCUGUACGUUCAUAAGUCUCCCAACUACUGUGUGGAGAACAAGAAACUGGGUAUUCCUGGGACACAGGGCAGAGAGUGCAACCGUACCUCAGGAGGUGCUGAUGGCUGCAACCUCCUCUGCUGUGGCCGAGGCUACAACACCCAUGUGGUCAGGCACGUGGAGAGGUGUGAGUGUAAGUUUAUCUGGUGCUGCUAUGUCCGCUGCAGGAGGUGUGAAAGCAUGACCGACGUGCACACUUGUAAGUAAUGUCUCCAUCCAGCCCAGCCUAAGACUCCUCAGGAACAGCCAAUGAUGCAAUCUAGAGGGCUCCCCUUACUAGGUACAGCUGCAGA